UGUUCCUUAGCUGGGCCUCGACCGAGUCAUUGUGUCUGCCCACUCCGGUUGGACUUGAGUACCGCAUCAUGGUCAAGAGUAUCAAGCAGUUAAUUAAUAAUCACCUCGAAUCAGUGUUGGGCCUUUUAUGCACUCCUUGCUAUAUCCCCUCCCUAGUUGUGAGUUAUCAACAGCAGCCAUGGUUCUCUUCGUUGGCGUUACUUGUUCACCGGAUACCCUAUUAUUGCCUGCACAGACUAGAAUUCUUCUAUACGCAUGAUGAUUUCGGCGAGAACGGAUAGAGCUAGCUCUCCAAACGCCGGCUCAGCCAGCAACCGACAUGGCGAUACCGAGCCUAAACAACAAGGCUCACAAGGCACCUCACAAGGUAGCUCACAAGGCAGUAGCUCGAACAGGCCUAUCCUGUCGCCGCCUCCGGUUCCAAGGACCCCGAGAAUUCGGCCCAAUAAUAUGAGGAUGAGACUGCGAAGCGAUUCAGGCAUGUCAUUGCACACGAAUCAAGCUGCCUUUCAUCAGUAUACCGACUACAACCCAGAUGGAACGGCGGCGCGUCGUCCCUAUCGCAGAAGAGGCUCAAGCUUUGACGGCAACACCAGUCUGAACACUCUCACUGCAGGCCCUCAAACCAGUACAGAGCUCACAGACCCCAUCUCACUCGGCGGUUCGCUGCCAGACUUCUUUGCCCCUACCGUGAUAAGAUUGGUGUUUUCCAACCCACCAAUCGCCAAGAAGUUUCGCACCUUUGCCAAACGCAAACAUGAAGAUGCAGGCUUCAGGUUCCUGCUCAAGGUGGAUGAGUAUUCCCGUGCCCUCGGGGACAUGACCUCUUUGAUGAGCCACAUAUGGACAAAUUUCACGAGCCCGACGGCAAAGUCGCCACUAGAACUUGAUCCAGAGCUGUUACAGAUGCUCAGGGUAAGCAUGAAGGACUGCGCAAGAUCGUCGUUACCCCCCUUGGAACAGCUGUAUCAUGAGGCGAAACUCGCCGUCGAAGAGCAACUUGCGACGAAGCUUUACCCGGAGUUUGUCAAGUACCAGCUUUCUCGGUGUAUGAGAGAUGCUCUCGCGGCGAGUCUCUCUCCUACAGGCGAUCCUCAAUUUCCAUAUCCAGGCCUAGGAAGCGCCUUCUGCAUCACCGAUCUGCUGCAGCCCAACAAUCCCAUCGUCUAUGUAUCUGAUGGACUGCUUGCCACAACUGGAUUCGGCCGACAGGAAGUUUUGAACAAGAACGGCAGGUUAUUUCAAGGCGCUGCCACUUCUAGGGGAGCUAUACGCCGGCUCAGCGAAGCCGUGUCCGAAAGACGGGAAGCCAGCGAGCUCAUUGCCAACCACAAGGCUGACGGGACUCCGUGGUGGAAUCUUUUGCUUAUCUGUCCGCUGCCGGAGAACGAAAGGGUGCGUUACUUUUUUGGCGCCCAGGUCAAUGUGUCAGGCGGCAUGGGGCUGGGCUACAGGGAGAUAUUACGUGUCUUAGAUUAUCAUUCACCGGCAGAAGACCCCACCGUGACGGGCCAGGCUGGACAUUCUCGAGACACGAUGUUGCCGAGGGCUCUCACAAAUCACCAACCGUCGGAGCGAGGGUCCAUCUCCUCCGGACGAACAUCCCGUCGACAUCGCCUCUUCCGAUAUUUCACCCGGAAAUCCGCCGAUUCCACGGCGACAUCAGAGCCGUCCUCACGCCCCACAACAGCAUCAAACCCAGCUUUCGACGAUACAGCAUCAUCAUCCUCGCUAUCACGGCCAGUAUCUCCAACUAGCAGCUCCCCUCCCCUAUCCCCGCGGGACACCGGUGCAGCAGAUGACCCCAUCACUACCCCGUACACUCACUUCAUAGUGCUCCGUUGUGCCACCAAUUCCAAUCAACGCCUCAAACUACUAGUUUUAUUCUGUUCCUCCGCGGCCCAGUCACUACUUCUCAACACCUACCAGAGAACCGGCGACGUCGAUGUCACCAACCGCGACAUUUUCUCGGUUCUCCACAGCGCUGCUUCACUCAAGACGAGGGUGCUUGACAAGAUUGCCGCCGGCGAGCAGGUAUCCGCCGAGUUGGCUGUGACAACACAAAAAACCGGCCCCUCCCAAGAUAACCAGCAGCAGCAGCAGCAGGAGCAACGACAGCCGGUGACGACUACAACGAUGACAACCACGAUAAACAAGAAGCCGAGCGCAACAAGCAGGCCGCAGUUAAGACGAACUAGGACGGCUACCGGCUUGUUUGGGACGGCAAGGUCGAGGGCCGGGUCGCCGUCGCCGAUGCCAACGCCUCUGCCUCCGCCCCAAGGGAAUGUAGGUGGUGAGGCCGCCACCGUUCCAAGGCGCAGUGAGGCGUGGGAUAGGGGGGCGGAAAGGAUGGGGCGUGUCUGGGACGGUAGGGGUAGAGGGAGAGGGGAGACUACCGGUGCGGCUGCGGGAACCACAGGCCCGGAUGCAGGCGCGGGCAGGAUGGUUAGUCACUGGGUGCCGCUGAAGGAUGGGGAGGGGAGGGUGGGGAUGGUGGUUCUUGUUUUGGUGCCCCCUAAACUCCCGGGAUAGGGAGAGCUGUAUUCGUAAAGGCUGAGAGGAUGUGUUGUUUGCU